UCCGUCCGUCCGCCCCGCUCCGCCUCCCAAAAAUUCCCCCCUUUUCCACCCCCCCCACCUCACCACUCCCCGACCUAAAACCCUAGCCGCGCUCGCCGCCGUCGCCCCCCGCCCCCGCCCGCCGCCAUGGCCACCGCCGCCAAGCCCGCCGACCCCGCCCCCGCCGAUCCGCCCGCCGACGACCCCAUGGACGCCGACGCCGAGGCGGAGGAGCACGAGGACGAGGCGGAGUCGGAGGAGGAGGCGGAGGCGCAGCCGCAGAAGAAGCGGGGCCGGAGGAAGCGGGUGCCGCGGGAGCCGGCCACCCCCGCCACCGGCAGGCCGUCCCGGGAGCGCAAGACCGUCGAGCGCUACGCCGAGCUCACCCCGCGCUCCACCCCCGCCAAGAAGUCCGCCGCCAUUCUCCAGGGCUCUGGGACGAAGCUCAAGGAGAUCCCCAACGUUUUCUUCAAACUUUCCAAGAGAAAGGCGGAUGACAAUCUUCAGAGUCUUCAUACUUUGUUGUUUGGGAGAAAAUCAAAUGUCCAUUUCCUGAAAAGAAACCUAGCCCAGUUUUCUGGUUUUGUUUGGACUGACAAUCCAGAAAAGCAAAGGAACAGGAUAAAAGAAAGGCUUGACAAGAUGAACAAGGAGAAGUUGCUAGAUUUUUGUGAUAUACUUGAUGUUCAGGCCAAACAUACUUUAAAGAAGGAGGAAGUUUCUGCCAAAUUGCUGGAGUUUCUGGAGUCUCCUUGCAUUACCAGAGAUGUUGUUAUCAGUGAUGUGAAGAAAGGGAAGAAACGCCGGAGGAGGUCUAAAGGAACUAGCCAGGCAACGGCUGAAGGUGCUUCUGGAGAGAAGAAAAAGAGGAAGAGUCGGAAACAAAAAGUUGAGGCUGAAAAUGAGAAUGAUGAUGAAGAUGAUGCUGGUCCUGCUGGUUCUGAGGACUCAUCAAUGGGAGAAAGUGAUGAGGACUCUGAAGUGAAAGAAGAGACCAAGAGUGAUGAAGAGCCUGAAGCAACACCGGUGAAGAAAAAGUCAACAGAUGGUAAACAAGGAAAGAAGGAAGCUGGAUCCAAGGCAAAGGAAAAGGAUGCAUCGGUGAAGAAGACUCCUACUAAAUCUGUAAAAAGCGUGUCAAAGCCAAAUGUGAAGUUGGAGAGCAAAAAGGCUGCCAAGAAAACACCAAAGAAUUCAACAAAGGAAAGCAGUACACCUGUAGAGAAGGCCAAGAAGAAGGUUGCAAAACCGAAAAAGGAUGAUGGAAAGGAGAGCCAAAACAACAGUAAGGCACGCAAGAAGCAAGGUGCCAAGGCAUCUGGUGAAAAUAAAGGAAAAGGCAAGGUAGCCCCAACCACUAAACAGUUGCAUGGUGUUGUCAGUAACAUAUUGAAAGAAGUGGACUUCAAUACGGCAACUUUGGCUGACAUUCUCCGGAAAUUAGGAGACCACUUUGACAUGGACCUCAUGGACAGGAAGUCCGAGGUGAAGCGCAUCAUAGAGGAAGUGAUCAACAGCAUGUCUGACGAUGAAGGCGAGGAAGAAAACGAGGAAGAGGAUGCAGAGGAGAAUGGCAAGAAGGAAGAAGAUUCAAAGGAGGAUCCUGAUGAAGAGGAAGAGAAAUAAGCCAGACGUGAUCGGACUGACCGGUCUCCUGUAUUUGUCGAGUGUUCUUGUUGGUUGCUGGGGCUCUUCUGGCCUGUACAAUGGUGGCACCACAACAGCCGUUUUGGUGGUGGUCUGGGCAGGUGCUAGACUGUCUGUUUGUUAGCCAUUUGAUGUGAUGGCCCUGCGCGCCUACCUGGUUGUUGUGCUUGACUCGUGGUGUUAUUGACCUGUAGUCUCUUUAGUUGCCGGUCAUGUACAAUAGCUGUUUGGUUAUAUGACUCUGUUCCUUUCUUAGGUAGCUAGCCCUGACUGUAAUUUGCAGCAUGCAUACUUGUCUGUGUUCUGUUCCUUGCAUUUUAUCCAUGUAAAACAGUUGUAUUCUUGUGGA